GGAUGACUUAGUUAGUGCAAUGCAGGAACUGACCUAUUGUAGCUGAUUCCAAAAACUAUGAUUGAGGAAACCAAUCACAGAGCCAUUCAUUAUGACAUGUCACAAUAGCUCCAAGGCUGCCCAACUCCGGGGAACUUGCCAGGCAUGCCCAAGACAGCUGGGUAUGUUCAUCAUCAUCAAGCAUGGAGACAACCGUCAAUUCCUGGCCAACAUCAAUUGCUCCGUUUUGCUUCUAACCCAUUACCUGCGUGAUAAGGUGGGAUUGCACAGGACAGACUCCAUUGACCUGUGUGAGGAGAACGGGACCCUGAAGCUGAUUUUUCUGGUCAAGUUCCCAGAAGACAACGCCAGCAAGUUCCUCACUGCACGGGGGACCUACUACGUUUGCAAAGUAGAGCGUGGCGCCACAGGGACCAAAAAUGAACACAGCUAUCGAGCCUUCCAGCCCCUCAUCAGGUCUCCUCCACAGGAUUUGCUGGAUUCCCUUCGGAACCAGUGUGAGUUCCUUGAAAAAAGCCGCCUGAAGAUACUCAAGAACCAGGAUGGGAAGAAGCCCCCAACCAUGGAAGCACUCCUGUCCUACAUGGCCAAUCAGGUGGUGGCAAAAAGCUCCGGGAAGUCGGGAGGGAGCAUGGCCAGCGGUCUAGAUGAGGAGGGAUUGCCACGCAAAACGGCCGCCGCCACCAAGGCGAGACUGGAGGCCAUCCGGAAGGAGAAGGAGAAGCAUCGCUGACCCUGGAAAGAGGCCCCAGAGAAGUUCCAACCGCUGCUCUUCCACGGGGCUGACUUGGCGCCCCAAUAAAAGUGCCUCUGUCUGGCCCCGAGUCCCCCAGCCAGCUUUCCAUCUUCCCUCGGAGGAGCCGGCAUCGCUCCCAGCUGCAUUGUCUGCCGGUCUGUUUCACAUUCGGGACGAGUGAUGAUGAUGAUGCGGUCCUUUUGAAGCUGAUGUCACCAGGGAGGCUCCUGAUUGGAGGCUCUGAAGAGAAGCUGCAGCAGAAAUGGGAUUUGCCAGCCCCGGCUCCAGAAACAGUGCGGGGUGGGAGGUGGGGGCAAGGUGGACAUUGGCGGGCAGCUGGCUUCCUGCCCUGAGGGUUGCCCUGGCUGCUUUGGCACAGUGCAGAGGGCCAAGGGGAAUGCCUCCUGGAACGGCCCCAGCCUCCACAGCUACAAGCGAUGAGCUCUGGGUAGCCCUUUGAAAUUUGGCAAAGCCAGAGGGGCACACGAGGGGCGUUUGUCUCUUGCCUACCUGAUCCCAGGUCUGGAAGUCAAUGGUUAGGAAAAGUAGAGGCGGAAGAGGGUACCCCAGAGGGCAGGAAGAACCUUUGGAGAUACAUUUUAAAAAAUCUAAAUGGAAAGUAGUCUUUGAACACUUC